CCGACGUUGACCAACGCCUGCCCUUCCUCCUCCUCGUCUCCUUGACUCUUACGGAUACCCAGAAAAUCAGGACGUACGAGAUGCUCGCCGACUCGAGGACUUGGCUCGCGCUCCCCCUCUUCCUGGCCGCAGCGACGCAUGCUUUCCCCUCAAAUUUUGACUUGCCCCUGGACGACAUUUUCGCCAUCGAGAAACGCCAAACUGCGAAUGUGCCAACUGUCUGCAGGGAGAUAUGCCAACCGAUAAAUGCUCUCGCUGCUGGGGGAUGCAGACCGUCUGAAUGCUGCAACCAGCAGUUCUUGGAUGGUUAUGUGAAUUGUUACAUCUGUACCGCGUCGCGGCACGGUGUCACGGCACACACUGGUGCACAGAAUAUUGUUCGAAACAUCGCACGCCAAUGCGCAGUACGGGGCUUCGAACUCGAAAUACCACCUCUACCCUCAUCCGGUCCCCUCACCUGGGCUCCUCCAGGCUCGACACCUAUCAUACCCUCCUCAACUAUUUCAGGGAACUUCAAGGCCAACUGAAAGUUCAGAUUCGAUUUCACCGCCACUGUCCUCGAUUUCCCCGACGUCCGAUAUCUCGACCCCGACUGCGCUACUUCCUACCUCGGAGGUCGAACCUUCGAGGUCGACUAUUAGACCUAGUGUGGAGUCGCCAUUGCCAUCGCCAAGUGACGUUGGAGACGGGGAGGAAGACGGGCAGACGGAAGACGGUGCAGCUGCGUCGACCCGAGUUUCGUUCCUAGCUGCUGGAGUUGUGGGUUUGUUCGCUUGGUUGCUCUAACGAAAAUACCUCGAUGUAUGUUACAUACUAUACCUUGUAAGCUUUGUUACGCGGUUAUGACCGUCCAGUUUAUAUCGCUGUCCAUCCCUAUGC